AUGUGGUCGACAUUCAUUUGGUCUUUUACUUGCUUGUUAAUAGCCAAAGAUUUAUUUUUAACAAAACAUGCAUCUUUUGUUAAUAGUCAGACAGUACCACCAAUACCUAUACCCGAUUAUGAAUUCGAGCAAGUCAUUACUGAACGUUAUUUAUUUGCUCCGUUUGCUAAUGAAUCUAGUGCUUGGACUGUUCUUUCUAAUGUUUCCUACGUAUGGCAAGCUGUUUCAUUGCCACGAUAUCAUUAUCAAGCUGCUGUGGGAGUUUGGUUACUGCUUGAGAGCAGUACUGAGACUUAUAAUACAACAGUUAAAGCACUUCAUAUGUCUUGGAUGUCUUUAUCUGCUAAUGGAACUCUGGUAAUUUUAUCUGAGAUCAAUGUUAAGAGAAAUACCAGUCUUUUGGUUACAUCACAUAAUGAAGACACUGCUUUAAAAUAUACAGCUGCACUCAUCUCACCUGAUAGUGUACACUUUAUAUUGUGUAAUCGAUCAGAUGCUAGUUUAUGCAAAGUUAUACAAACGAUAGUAUUUCCUUCUGCCCUUGUGAAUACCACUAAAAUUACAGGCGGUAUAUUUGUAGAGGAUUUAGGUGCUUGGGGAUGGCUAUAUUUUGCUGCAGAUUCGGGACUGCAUGGACUGGACUUAUCGACAUUCAUCAUUCAUCCAUUUCUUAAUGGGAUCAAUGUGUCUGUUUCUUCUUUGGCAUGGAGUUCCAAACGACAGACAAUAUUCGUUGGUACAAAGAUCAAACUUUGGAUUCACUCGUAUGGUAUUGGUAAGGAAGGUUGGCGUUUUGAACAUGUCACAGGACUUAUUGAUGCACCGAUUACUUCUUUGGUAUAUAAUGAGGUGCAAGACAAAUUGUGGAUCGGCCAAAGUACAGGAAUAUCUCUUCUUUCACCUAUUAUUAUGUCGACAGGUCGUCUUCAUUGGUAUUUUUCUCGAUUGGCCGGACAAAUCUCUAAUCCUGGAUCAGAUAUUGGUCAUCUUCCAUUUUCAAACAUUACGAGUCUAAGUGUUAGCCAGUCGAUGUUACCUGAUGGUCGUGUAUGGUUGGGUGCGGUACGUGGGGUGAUGCGUUUUGAUUCGAACAGUAGUGAUAUCAAUGCUUGGCGUGUGUUCAAUAGUGCCAGAUACAUGCCUAAUCGUGAAUCGUUGGUUAAUGUAUCUUCUUUGGCUGUCCUGAGCAGUCGUAGUGGUGCAUCUCCUAAUCUUGUUAGUGGUGCAGUAGCAAUCACAAACAAAGGUCUUACUGUUCUUCGUUUUGAGAUGUGGACAUUGGCACAGAAAGCAGAUCAUUUUCAAAUGAUAGUCGAUCAACCAGGGAGACAUGAUAAAAACGGACUUGUUUCUGACUGUUCCAUGUCAUCAUGGGGCGAUAGUCGCACUUGCAUCAAAGAACCCGAUGAUAAUGAUGGCCAGUGGACUUCAAUGUAUUUGGCUAGUCAGAUCUUUCGCUAUGUUGUGACGCAAGAUGCAAGAGUCAAAGCACAGGCUUGGAAACACUUUGAAGCAAUGGAACUUCUCAAUAAAGUUACAGGCAUUCCUGGUUAUCCUGCUCGUUCAUAUGCAAAGCGUAGCGACUUUCUCUCUAAGAUUCCAUGGUACCCUUCUCCCGUUUAUCCAGACCUUCAAUUUCAGGGUGAUACCUCAUCUGAUGAAAUUUGUGGCCAUGAGUUCGUAUAUCCUCUCGUGCAUGACUUACUAGCUAGCAACGAUGAUGAACGAAGAAGAGCUUACACACUCAUUUUUAAUAUCACCAAUCAUAUCCUGACACAUGAUUGGUAUUUGUUUGGUGAGAAUCAUAAUCGUACUACAUGGGGCUACUGGAAUCCUAUUCAAAUAAACGAUGAUAGUCGGUACCAAGAAGAUCGAGGUAUAAAUAGCCUUCAGAUACUGGCUUAUCUACUUCAAACAUAUGGUUACAGUGGUGAUGAACGUUUUCUCAAUGGUGCCAAUCUUCUUAUUGAAUCUUAUCAAUAUAAUGUCAAUCUUAUUAAUCAGAAGAUGAUUGCUGUUUGUGCUAGUGAUUUUCCCUAUGCUGUGAAGGCAUUUGAUUAUGAUCAAAUGGCCUAUUUAUCUUAUUUUAAUCUAGCCCAUGCAUUCCACACAAUUGAUUCUUCGACUAGUUUAUCUGCAGUUCAAAAGGCACGUGCACAAUCACUAAUCGAUGUUUUAUGGGAAUAUAUGGAGAAAGGACUCGAUCUUUCACACAAUUACAAAAAAAUGGAAAAAACACCAUUUUUUAAUUUCAUUUAUUGCUAUGCCAGUGGUCAAGUCGACUGGACUAGAAAUACAUCUAACAAACGCCAUGGAUUGACUAUGAGAACUUCUCGGCAUGAUUGCAAUUCUUUAUCAAAUGACGGUGUAUGGCAAUAUCAGCGUUGGCCAUUGGAAUCAAUUAAUUGGCCACAAUUCAACAGUGAUCGCUUGGACGUACAAAUCAACGUACCUGUUCAAUGCUAUCAGCCGAUCAAGUCAUUAAAGAUGUUGCCUGCAAACGAAAGAUCUACUAAAAACUUGGAUCAAGGAGUAUAUGAUUUAGAUGAUGGAGAUGGUUUUGUUGAAACGGAUCCAACCAACUUUCUGUUGGGUUACUGGGGAAUGCGUUAUUUCAAUUUAUUACAAUAG